AUGACCCCCCAACCUAAAGCCUUCCCUUCGUUCGAUCAGCUCCCCAUGCACGAGGGUGAUCCUCCCAACUCAGCCUGGGGACUCUGGGGAGACGGCCCGGACAGUACAUUGGGGUCACUGAACAACCUGACAGAUGAGCUGGUGCUGAGGACGAUCAAGGAAGAGGUAAAGACGGGAGAGCGGGCUGGUCUCAAUCUUCCCCUCGACAUGUUCAACCCACCGUUGCUGGGACGGGCGGGUUUCGAGCAGAAGGUCAUUGAAAAGAACCCCCUGGUCGUGAAUGACGACGUGAUCACCUUCAACACCCAAGGUAGCUCCCAAUGGGACAGCCUGCGCCACUUUGCCUACCAGCAGGACAAGAAGUUUUAUAAUGGAACCACCCAAUCCGACAUCCACGCCUCCGACCGCACCUCCAUUGUGCUCUUCCUGCGCACGGGCUAUGCCGCUGGAUACAAGGGGCUGGAUGCGGAGGAACGAGAAAGGGUCUCCGGCGUGCGCGAAUGGUGUGGCCUGGGCCAGUCGCGCGAGACAACCGAGUGGUUGUGGCAGAGGCAGUUUGCCGCCGUGGCAAGCGACUCGCCCGGGUUCGAAGUCCGACCCCCAACAGAGAAGGAGUGGCAUCUCCACCCGAUCCUGCUGGCCGGAUGGGGCACCCCGCUGGGAGAGCUGUUCGACCUUGACGCGCUGGCCGAGCUCUGCGCAAAGAACGGGCGCUGGUCCUUCUUCUUCACGUCGGCGCCGCUGAACUACACCGGCGCCGUGGCCUCGCCGCCUAAUGCGACAGCCAUCAUGUGA